GUUGCACGACAUUUCAUUUAUGUUGUUGUAAUGGCGAACAAUACAUUUGUGCCUAUCAGUUUGUUAUUUUUCGUGAGAUUUUCUUCUCUGUCGGGAAACAUAGAAACAAUCGAAAUGUCAGAAAAUUUAAACUUGAGAGACCAGUUUUCCGAAUAUAACAACUUAGGAAAUAUGGAGUCAAAUAGUUUAGUUCGAUGUACCAACAUAUGCCUGCUGACUGCCAACUGCAGGUCAAUGUUUUACCAGAAAGAAUUACAUCAGUGUAUAUUACACAGUCUAGAUAUCGAAGAGUCGUCGGCAAAUCUCGUCUCUUCAACAGGUUGGAAAUACUACAAAGUGUUUGAAGAAAGUCCCAUCACUAGUCCCAGUCCUAGUCCUGAAGAUAAAUGCACUGCAACAUCUGGCUUCAUUUACAAUGCAGGUGAAAAUAUGUGUUACUUCAUUGGAUCACCACUGGCUGUAGAUUUUGACGUCAUAGACACGGUGUGUUCAAAUAUGGACAGUGAGCUCAUCAGAAUAGAUUCACAAGAAAAGCAAGCGUUCGUACAACAAUUACUUGCUGCAGACCCAGGCGACUGGGUGUGUAUCCAUGGAAACAGAGACAAUGACAGUGGUAGCUACAAAUUCGAUGAUGGCACUGACAUGACAUACUUUAACUGGAACACACGUCUUGGACAACCAGACGACCCUUCCUGGGAGUAUAUAGUAAUGGUAAAAAAAUUCAACUAUCUAUGGCAUGAUAUGGCAGAGGAAAAGCUAGACCGUCAAUGCACAUACAUAUGUGAAAAAUGAAAUAAAAGAGCACCACAACUAAAAUUGAAAGACUUCUUAUCAGUGGUUUUUGAUAGCUUGUUAAAAAAACUAGUUUGAUUUCACCUGGCCAUGUAUUUGCUGAAUUUGCUGAGUCAUCAAUAUAGUCAUUAUAAAGAAGAAAUAAUUACUAGUAAAUAUUCUAUGAAAAUAUGUUAUGUAUUUAAGGAUUGACUAAUACACGUUGGUUAAAUGGCAGACUUUCAAUUUAACAAAAAUUUUGCACUCGUUUUUCCAUAUGUUAGAUAGUUUUUGGAAAGGUAUGGACAUCUAGUUAUUAAAGCAUUUAAAGAAAAUUGCAGUUUAAGCAGUUUACGAUUAGAGAACAAAAUAAAUGUUAAGAAUUACUGGAAUUAGCAAUGUUAUGUUUUAAUGGCAUUUGAAACAUAUAACUCAUCGAUGCUUAGAGUUAAACUGUACUCUCAACCCACAGCCUCCUGUUGGACGUUUCGUCCCAGAAGUUUUCACCAGCCCAGUAGUCACUGAUAUUGCUAUUUUUAUUUCAUGUUACCUAUAUAAAACAAUGAAUUAUUCGAAACACUAAGGUUUUUCUACCGUCAGACAUAAAUUACCUUACGUAUUUGGCUCAACUUUUCGGAAUUUUCGUUUUUUUUUUAUGGUUCUCAACUUUAAAUUCGAUUUUUCCUUCCGAUCAUUUUUUUUCGAGCGCCACUGGUGAGUCUUCAAGAAGAACCUUAUGUAAAAUAUAUCAUCAUGUGAACAUUUUUUCUUGUAUUUUAUCGUUAAUCUGGUUGAAACAUUUUUAUCAUUUAACAUUUGUUACUAGUAUUAAGAUAUAU